ACAAUUAAACUGAAAAUAAUGUUUACAAAUAUUUUUAACUCCUGACGCAUGUUCUAGGCAGAAGAACUAACCAAAAAUGACAUCAACCAAAGAGUUGCACAAAAUUACACACUGUAUCUUUGACAAUGAUGGCACACUGAUGGAUACGGAAAAGCAGUACGAGCAAGCAGUAGGAAAUAUCCUUCGACCUUUUGGAGAAAAGUACACGUUUGAGCUGAAAAUGCGAUGCAUGGGAUUACCUGGAUAUUUAUCGGCAAGACUGUUGGUUAGGGAACUCAAAUUGCCCGUUGAUGAGCAGAAAUUUGAAGAAAUGUUUAAUGCCGAGGUGCAUCGACUUAUGGGAAAUGUGUCCCUAUUGCCAGGUGCUAAGGAUCUGUUGCUCCAUCUGUAUCAUCAUCGGAUUCCCGUGGCCAUUGCCACAUCGGGAAGUCGCAAAGUGUUUUGUCAUAAGGCGGGAGCACACUGCAACUUGUUACCAGCCUUCCAUCACAUUGUCUGCGGCGAUGAUCCGGAACUCAUACACGGCAAACCCUCUCCGGAUAUUUUCCUGCUAGCUGCAUCCCGUUUUAAGCCAAAGCCACCUGCACAUUGUUGUCUGGUCUUUGAGGACUCGCCCAUUGGAUUGCAGGCUGGUUUAGCUGCGGGUAUGCAAGUGGUCAUGAUACCCGAUCCACGUGUGCCUGAAGAGAAGACCAAGGAUGCCACACUCGUCUUGCGCUCCAUGGAAGAAUUUAAGCCGGAAAUUUUUGGUCUGCCUCCCUAUGACAACUGUGCUAAAUUUACAUUUGGUUAGUUCACAAAAUUUUAGCAAAUAAAAAUUAAAAAAUUUAU